AUAUAUAUAAGCUCAGUUGUAUUUGUGAAUAAAGAUCAUUGUAGAAAUAGUAGCGUCAGGAAAAUUUGUCAAAUAAAGCGUGGUCAAGCCACAAGGAACUUCACAAGAAAAACCGGCGUACAAGUACUUUCCAGUGAGGAACACCACACUGCGCCACGAUGCCAGAACCAGAACAAACUAUGGAAGGAGAGGUUGAAACUUUUGCCUUCCAGGCAGAAAUUGCCCAGCUGAUGAGUUUGAUCAUCAAUACUUUCUAUUCCAACAAAGAAAUCUUCUUGAGAGAAUUGAUCUCUAACUCAUCUGAUGCUUUGGAUAAGAUCAGAUAUGAAAGUUUGACUGAUCCUUCAAAACUGGACCUUGGAAAAGAUCUGGAAAUUAGAAUCAUACCAGACAAGGACAACAACACACUGACCAUUAUUGAUACUGGUAUUGGAAUGACCAAAGCUGACCUGGUCAACAACUUGGGUACUAUUGCCAAGUCUGGUACUAAAGCUUUCAUGGAGGCUCUACAAGCUGGAGCUGAUAUUUCUAUGAUUGGACAGUUUGGUGUAGGUUUCUACUCCGCCUACCUUGUUGCUGAUAAAGUAGUUGUCCAGACAAGGAACAACGAUGAUGAGGAAUAUAUCUGGGAAUCAGCAGCUGGAGGAUCAUUUACAGUCAAAACAAUAACAGGCGGCGAGUCCGUUGGCAGAGGUACCAAGAUUACACUUUACAUGAAAGAAGACCAAACUGAAUAUUUGGACGAAAAAAGAAUCAAAGAAGUUGUGAAGAAACACAGUCAGUUCAUUGGUUAUCCAAUCAAAUUGUUGGUAGAGAAGGAACGUGACAAAGAAGUAUCAGAUGAUGAAGAAGAGGAAAAGAAGGAAGAUGAAGAUGAGGAGAAAAAGGAUGACAAACCAAAAGUAGAAGAUCUUGAGGAAGAUGAUGAAGAUGAGGACAAAGACAAAGAUAAGAAGAAAAAGAAGAAAAUCAAGGAAAAAUACACUGAAGAUGAAGAAUUGAACAAAAUGAAACCCAUCUGGACCAGAAACCCAGAUGAUAUUACACAAGAAGAGUACGGAGAGUUCUACAAAUCCCUGACCAAUGAUUGGGAAGAUCAUUUGGCUGUCAAGCAUUUCUCAGUAGAAGGACAGUUGGAAUUCAGAGCUCUACUGUUUGUCCCAAAGAGAGCCCCGUUUGACAUGUUUGAGAACAAAAAGAAAAAGAACAAUAUCAAGUUGUACGUCAGAAGAGUAUUUAUCAUGGACAAUUGUGAAGACCUUAUCCCAGAAUAUCUCAAUUUUGUUAAAGGUGUUGUCGACUCAGAAGAUUUACCUCUCAACAUUUCCAGAGAGAUGUUACAACAGAGCAAAAUUCUCAAAGUUAUCAGAAAGAACUUGGUGAAAAAAUGUAUUGAGUUGUUUGAUGACAUUGCAGAGGACAAAGACAACUACAAAAAGUUUUAUGAACACUUUGGCAAGAACCUGAAGCUUGGAAUUCAUGAAGAUUCCACAAACAGAAAGAAGAUUGCUGAUUAUUUAAGAUAUCCCACCUCCAGUUCCGGAGAAGAAAUGUCAUCACUUAAAGAAUAUGUUUCCAGAAUGAAAGAAAACCAGAAAGUGAUUUAUUACAUCACAGGUGAAUCCAAAGAAGUUGUUCAGAACUCUGCCUUUGUUGAGAGACUGAGGAAGCGAGGACUUGAAGUUAUUUACAUGAUAGACCCCAUUGACGAGUAUGCUGUACAGCAAUUGAAAGAGUAUGAUGGUAAAAAUCUGGUCAGUGUAACCAAAGAGGGUCUAGAACUCCCUGAAGAUGAGGAGGAAAAGAAAAAGUUUGAGGAGGACAAAGCUGCCUACGAAGGCUUGUGUAAAGUAAUGAAGGACAUCCUGGACAAGAAAGUAGAAAAGGUUACAGUGUCCAACAGACUGGUAACUUCCCCUUGUUGCAUUGUAACAAGUCAAUAUGGGUGGUCAGCUAACAUGGAAAGGAUCAUGAAAGCUCAAGCUCUGAGAGAUACCAGCACCAUGGGUUACAUGGCAGCCAAGAAACAUUUAGAAAUUAAUCCUGAGCAUGCAAUUAUCAAAUCUUUGAAGGAAAAAUCCGAUGCUGAUAAGAAUGACAAAGCUGUGAAAGACUUAGUUGUGUUAUUGUUUGAAACCUCUUUGUUAGCAUCAGGAUUCUCACUAGAGGAACCACAGAGCCAUGCCAACAGAAUUCACAGAAUGAUCAAACUUGGUUUAGGAAUUGAUGAGGAAGAUGUACCAGUAGAACAAACAACAACAGAAGAAAUGCCACCAUUAGAAGGAGACGAAGAUGAUGCAUCACGGAUGGAAGAAGUCGACUAAACAAAAGAACUGUUAUGAAAAGACACCCGCCAUUUUUACAUCUUAAAUCAUCAUGUUAUUGAUAUAGAAAAAUCAUGUGAAUGAAAAGACAAUUCAAGUCGCAAAAAAUAUCAGCAGAGACCACUGAAGUCAAUUGUUGUUAGUGAUAAAGAUUUAUGUAUUUUGUUUCAGUUAAGAAAAAACUCAUUUUUGUCUGUGAUCUUCAUUUUUCAUUGUGGUUUUCAUCCUUUUAUAUGAAAAAAAUGUUAUUAAAAUCCUAAAAAAAUUG